AUUAGAAUAGCCAGGUGGAUCUUAAGUACAUUGUACAUACAAUAUACCCUUGUUCUCAACAACUACCGGGUAUAAUGAAAGGGGAUUCUAGCCGAAAAGCAGAAAAGUAAAAAAUAUGACAAAGAUUGAUCGAUUGAUUGCCAAGAUCACGCUUUAUCAAAACACAUCUGACCACAUCUUUUGAGGAGCAUGCGUUCUAGUUUCAGCGGUUUUUUGUGGAGCGCUCUAAUUGUUCCUCACGCACGCUGAAUGCUCCACUGGUCAAUGCUCCACACCGCUCAUUUACUAGUUGUCUAAUUAAAGAUCCAAAUAGACAAAGAAGAACCCGGUUCGGUUCGGGGACUGAUGUGCAGUGGAUUUGAAAUGGUUCACAACGCCAUGCGUCGCCCAAAGCAGAACAACGGUAACCUGUCGGCCCUGAUAUUGAUUGUCCUGAUCAUCGGCCAGAUUACGGUUAAAGACACACAUGGCCUGUUGUUGUUUCCUGCAUCGACGUCGCUGCAAGUGACCUCAUCCAUAUCGAUACCACUCGAUCUGCCAACGCGAACAAAGGUCUUCAUGGACAUGGGAUUCCAGAUGAACUACAAUUUGCCCAAUCUGCUUUCAUCCUUCUACAACUCCACCAUUUGGGCGGAUGAGCUGUCACGUCGUUCCAAGCGACAACUGAACAGCCAGAUGGACAGUGCCCUGCAUCCCAGUGACAUCACCGCGGGAGAGCUCUACGUGGGCUUGGAGCAUAUGCUAGAGAACUACGGUUACCACAGGUCCUGCCUUCUGCGCAGUGUCUGCGAACUGUCGCUGCAUCCCUUCGCCGAGGAUCACAUAUACGGUCUGGUCACGCAAGUCAUCACCUUCCUGCUAACGCCCUCGCAGCAUGAAGGCUUUGGGGUUGGCGAACAGCUCUAUCGCGAUAUCUAUGAACGAGCCGAGCAGAUUGGCUUCCUUGGUGGCGACUGCCAAAGUGCCUAUCCCAGCUGUGAGAUGGAUAUUGUCAAUCUAGUCACCAGGAUAGUCAGAUGAAAUAAAAAUGGUUUGGAGUCUAGUCUUACGAUUGUGUGUGCCAUUUAUUUAAAUUUAAAUAAGAGACUCUGACUGCUACUCCGACUACAUAUAUCAUUACCAUUCAGUUCUGAUCAUCUCAUAUGUUCCUUAAAUUGCUAGUGUCUUCAAUAGUUAAAAAUUGAAUGCUAGCUUAGCAGUCUGCUUAUGCCGCUUAGAAAGUCCACCGUGCAAUUGGGAUACAAACUGGCACAAUCCUGACCCAGAAACCCCUGCUGCUCGGCAUGCUCGUAUACUGCCCUAUAGAGGGUCUCGCUGGGAGCAAAAGCCUCAUGCAGGGAUGGCCUGCAAGGGAAAGAAAUCAAUGUGGUUUCCUCUAAGACUAAAAAAGCAACUUACGUCAAUGUAAAGGUCAGCAGACCCGUCAGCAUGUUCUGGUGAGAAUCGUCGAAGGGGUGCCGGGCUAGCUCACAAACACUGCGCAGCAGACAGGUCUCGUCGAAGCCAUAGCGCGAGAGCAUACUCUCCAGGCUCUCGUACAGCUCCCCGGCCGUGAAGUCGCUGGGAUGCAUAUCUGUGGUGCUGCCGUGGGGCAUGUAUUUUGUGGUCUCAUUACGCAGAUGACGCUUGCCACGCCGCGAGAACUCAUCCGGCCAGAUGGUGGCGGCAUAGAAGGACGCGGGCUUGUUGGGAAAAGCAUAGUUCAUCUGGAGGCCCCAGUCCCAGAAGAGCUUACGAUCGGGUAUAACCACCGGAACGGAAAGAGAGGAGGUAACCUGGUACACGGAUGAGGCCGGAAAGAGUAGAGGAAAUUCCGCGUAGCUCGAUGGCAAUACUAGUGACAGCAGAGCACAAAUGUAGUGGACGCGCUUGAGAUACAUUCUGUUGUGACUCCAGAGCCGGAAUCUCACGAUGAGUACAUAACAAUCUGACGCACUGCGUUAAUUAGUGCUCAAAACAGUUGCUAAUGAAACGCACACAGACACUGCAAUUUACAUCUAGGCUUUUUAUUCGUUCUAGUGAAAUAUAACUUGGCUUAUGUGCUGUAA